AUGGCCUUCCACGAUCUUCUCUUCAGUGGCUUUGGCCACUACACCGCCGGCAACCCCUGCUUUGACGAGCACGCUGCCCUGUGCACCCCCAUCACUCCUGCGGAGCCCAGCAGCACCGCAUUGUUUGCCUCUGACAGCGAUCGCCUUGAUGCUGAGGGCGCAGUGUACCCCACAGACCUGUUUGGGGCCAGCAGCAACACCGCCGCGCACGUCGCCAUGGGCUCGCUGCCGCUGCCCAGGUCGUCCUCGUCCGCCGCACCCUCUCAGCAGGUGCCCUCCUGCGGCGUCGCCGACACGCCCGGCGGCCCCAGCGGCGGCGACGACUUCCAGAGCGAGGAGGACCUGGCCUACUUCAACGAGCGCCACCGCGCGUGGCUGCUGAACGCCGGCUUCAGCGACGACGAGCUGUGCUACGAUGGCCGCGGCCUGCUGCUGGGGCCGGCCGCGACUGCGUGCGGGGUCGUGGAUGAGCAGGACGCCAUCAGUGCGGAGGCUGGUGUGUACGACGAGGAGUUUUCUGCCGACAUCGACGCCGCGUUCAAGGCAGAGUUUGCCAGCCACACGUCAGCCGCCCUCGCGCCCAGCCCGCAGCCUUUCACCUUUGCGCUGCCGCCCUGCAACAGCCUGCAGCUGCUCCUUGAGCCCAACGGAUUCUUGUCUGACUUCCUGGGCUGCAGCCUUGACCUGGAGCUCUCUACAUCGGCAUUUGUGGUGGUGGCAGACGAGCAGGCGACCAUCAGCGCCGCCCCGGGUGUCGCUCCCAGCUACACCUGCCCCUAUGCACCGUCUGCUGACUUUGCCUUUGCCAGCACCUCCGCCGCGUCUGCCUGCUUCAUUCGCGAUGACAUCUUCGCCGCCGCUAGCCGCAGCCGUGACAGCGGCGCUGGCAGUGGCAGCGACUCCGGCAUCAGCAUCAGCAGCGACAGCUUCAGCACCAGCAGCAGUGACACCAGCAACAGCGGCAGCAGCAGCAGUGACACCAGCGACAGCGGCCGCAGCGGCAGGAGCAGCGACACUAGCGACAGUGGCGGCAGUAGCGGUAGGGGCAGCGGCGGCGGCAGCGGCAGCGGCAGCGGCAGCGGCAGCGGCGGGGGCGGCGGCAGCGGCGGGGGCUGCGGCAGCGGUGGCGGCAGCGGCGGUGGCAGCGGCGGCAGCGGCAGCAGCGGCGGCAGCGGCUGCAGCGGCGGCAGCGCAGCGACCGCUGGCUCGCCUUCCUGCGGUGGCAUGUCUGUCGUGGCCCCCAUCGCAGCGUGCAGCCAGGCCAGCUGCGGCGUGCUGGAGCCCAUUGCGGCGCGGACGCGCCGCAGGCUGCGUGUGCGCACUGCAGCGGCGCAGCCCGUCUCAGCGCGGACGCGGUCUAAGGGCAGGACGGCCAGUGCUGCGGCGUGA